AUGAAAACAUCCUUGAUAGCCUGUCUAUUGCUAAGUGUCUUAACUGUUGAAAUCACUCUUAACAAUGCAAUAACCACAUAAGCCUUAGAAAAAUUGAAGGAAUCCUCAUGGGCUUAAUUCAUUGUUUAAUUCGCUGAAGUUGAAUUAUCCACUGGAGGCGCUUUAUCUGAAUUAGUAGAAACCAUCAAUCAACUCAUAACUCAAUUAGAAGAAGAGCUACAAGAUAUUCAUAAUGCAUAUUCCAGAAGAACUGAUGAACAUCUUCGUGAUGUGACUAGGUUAGAAUAAGAAAUCCAGGAUGCUGCAAAGGGUAUCAAUUCUUUUUAAUCUAGACAUCUUUACUGGGUAAGAUUUUAUAGAUAAUGUUCUCAUUCCAUAAAAAGAAAGAUUCUUAUCAGCCUUAGCUUAAUUGAAAAUUAAUAUUGAAGAAAAUAGAAGAAUAGUAGAUGGAGAAAUUUUGAACAGAAAGAGAUAACAUGAAUAAUUUUUAAAUAACAUUGCUGAAUUAAAUGAAGCUAUUGGUGCAGUUGAUGAAUCUUUAGGAUUAUUAUCUUAAAUAUCAAAUCCAUCUCUUAUUUAAUUUAAGAGAGUAUAGACUAAUCUUAGCAGAAUUCAAACAUAAUUUUAGAAUCGUUCUUCUUUUGCCCCAAUCAUAAAAGCUUUACUUGAAUUAGCAACUGAAUAAAAUUUUGCUGACUAAGGUUCAGUAUAAUAAGUAAUUAUUACAAUAAAUAUAACUUUUUAGUUAGUCAAAAUUUUUAAUGAAUUAAGAGUACAAUUUGUUGAUUCUCUCAAUUAAGAAACUGCAGAUGAAAGUUCAGCAGAGAUUAAACAUACCGAAAGGGUUGCUUAAUUGGAAAAAGAAUUUGCAGAGUUCUAAAGAUCAGUUUUAAUUAAAAAUUCAGAAUUGACUGCAAAUGAAUGUAUUUGAUUUUAUAAAAAUAAAUCUUAGAAAAAUUGGGAGAAACAAUCGUUUAUGUAGAUUAAAGAAAAGAUGACAAAGAAACACUUGAAGCCCAAUUAUAAGCAGAAAAUGAUAAUUAUGCUGCUGAAACAGAUUUGUAUACAAGAACUGUUACAGAAUAUAAUAAAGAAAUUGAAAUUAGUAAGUAAGCCUAUGGUUUACUUACUUAACCAAGUUUCGAAUAAUAUGUUCGAUCUACAGUUGGAAUUUGA